GCUUGCCCCACUGAGCACCAUGUGGUUUUGGUGAUUAGCUUUUCGCCACGCAGACCUGACUGGCAAAGGGUGCUGGGAAUUAGAUAAAGCAUAAUUAAUACCCUGAUCGGGAAGGGCAUUGUUUGCAUUGUUACGGUUUAAGCGUGGGGAAGCCAAUCCUUGUCAUAGUCUGCGACAGAUAAUGGAGCAGCUGUAAUUCAGAGCUGAAGACCUGGCAGGGAGAGGCAGAGCUGUGCAGCCUAUUUACAAACUGGGAACUGUACUACUUUACCAGGGCCCUUUAAAAAAAAUAAUAAAUAUGUAAGGAACGGGGGGGAAAGAAAACUGCGUGUGUGAACAUGAGAUGCAAAGAUCUAUACUCUGCUGGGAUUUAACGUUGCUUUUCAAGGCAAUUGUAUGGAUUAGAGCUACAGUGCAUACUUUCUUAAGGGUUUUAUGUCUCAUAUUAACAGUACAAAAGAGUGGCAUUAGAACCACCCAGUAGUUAAAAAAGAACAGAUUUUACGUGAAAGAGAGAGAAGAAAAAAACUACUAAUCACUACAGAGUAUGAGGGGAGAGCUCCGGACAGAUCUACUGGAGACAUCAAAGAGGAUAGAUGAAUAUUGCUGUCGUUCUGCUGCUGCUGUCUUCUUGUCCUCCUGUUAAUGGGCAGGUGCUAAGCCAGGAUACAGUGCCAUGUGGGGUCUCUCGCUGCCUUACUGACAACAGGGAAGACAAUGGGCUUCGGAACAUUGACACAAGGGCAAUGAGGUGUAUCUCUUGUGGUAACAGAGGCUUCUGCUUGAGCCUGGCGUAAGAAGAUUCCUCAGAAGUUAAUGAUAUGUUUAUAAACCUACUGUGUCUUACUUGAUUUUACCACAUACAAUGUUGAAGCUAAAAGCCUUCUGUUUGGAUUACUGGCAGUUCUGGUGUCUACAGCCUCUCAAUGGCUUUUAUAAAAGCGUGGAGGGUGACACUCCAGCCAGCGAGACUGGCACUUUCCUGGACAGCCCUUCUAGCUACGGUCGAGGACCCGUGACCCACACUUCUGCUCUUAGUCCUGACCACUUUGAUCACCCCCUGUACGGACAUUCCAUAUCUCUAGGGCAACAGCGCCCACGACGACCUAAGCUGCAACAUUCUACGUCUAUACUGCGCAAGCAGGCAGAGGAAGAAGCAAUCAAGCGUUCUAGAUCCUUGUCAGAGAGCUAUGAACUCUCCACAGAUCUACAGGACAAGCAGGUGGAGAUGCUAGAACGUAAAUAUGGGGGACGUUUUAUAACUAGACAUGCAGCUCGCACCAUUCAGACGGCAUUCCGCCAGUAUCAGAUGAACAAAAAUUUUGAACGACUGAGGAGUUCUAUGUCCGAAAAUCGCAUGUCCAGACGCAUUGUCCUGUCCAAUAUGAGAAUGCAGUUUUCCUUUGAAGGGCCUGAAAAAGUCCACAGCUCUUACUUUGAGGGCAAGCAGGUCUCUCUAACCGACGAUGGCACCAAGAUAGGCGCGAUUGUCCAGUCCGACUGUGGUGACCUGGGAGGUCCAGCCAGUGUGAAGUCGCCAGCCGCACAGAGUGAUUUCACGGAUGCGAUUACAGAGCUGGAGGAUGCUUUCUCGAGGCAAGUGAAAUCCCUGGCAGAGUCUAUCGACGAUGCCCUGAACUGUCGUAGCUUGCACCCAGAGGAGGGUCAGCCUGAUCAAGGCAGAGGUCAUCCCAACAUGGAGAGAGAAGUUGCCUACCAGCUGAAACCUUCACAAGGUGCGGAUCACCGCAAGCUGGAUGAGAUGACGGCGUCGUACAGUGACGUGACUUUAUAUAUCGACGAGGAAGAACUCUCCCCGCCUCUUCCUUUGUCUCCGUCUGUAGACCGGCCCGCUAGCACGGAAUCCGACUUGAGGCUUAGAUCUGCUAACUCUUCGCAGGAGUAUUGGUCUAUGACCCACAAGGACGAUAAGGUAGACACUGAUACAAGCUGCCGAAGCACACCCUCACUGGAGUGCCAGGAACAAAGAUUAAGAAUAGACCAUCUACCUUUACUCACCAUAGAGCCGCCUAGUGACAGCUCUGUGGACCUCAGUGACCGAUCGGAUAGAGGGUCACUAACGAGGCAAAACGUCUAUGAUCGGGGGGUCGCGAGUCAGCAAGGAAGCCCGAAACACAUCUCUCAUGGGAUUCCUCCAAGAGGCCCUUCUCGAGAAGAAGAGCAAGCAAGACACAGGCCCAGGCAGCUGGAUAGCCACUUGGCCAUCAAUGGCACUGCCAACAGGCAAAGCAAAUCAGAGUCGGACUUCUCCGACGGGGACAAUGACAGUAUUAAUAGCACUUCUAACUCGAAUGAUACAAUUAACUGCAGCUCGGAGUCGUCAUCCAGAGACAGCUUGAGAGAGCAGACACUGAGCAAGCAGACGUACCACAAGGAAACCCGCAAUAGCUGGGACUCGCCCGCCUUCAGCAACGACCUCAUCAGAAAGAGGCAUUACAGGAUUGGAUUAAACCUAUUUAACAAGAAGCCAGAGAAGGGGACCCAGUACCUGAUCGAGCGAGGAUUUGUUCCUGACACGCCUGUGGGUGUGGCCCACUUCCUGCUCCAGAGGAAGGGCCUGAGCAGGCAGAUGAUUGGAGAGUUUCUGGGGAAUCGGCAGAAACAGUUCAACAGGGAUGUCCUAGACUGUGUGGUGGAUGAGAUGGAUUUCUCAGUAAUGGAACUGGACGAAGCUCUCCGGAAGUUCCAGGCUCACAUCCGGGUCCAAGGAGAAGCCCAGAAAGUAGAGAGGCUUAUUGAAGCUUUCAGCCAGCGGUACUGUAUCUGCAAUCCUGGGGUGGUGAGACAGUUUAGAAAUCCAGACACGAUCUUCAUCCUGGCUUUUGCAAUCAUACUUCUAAACACGGACAUGUACAGCCCCAACGUGAAGCCAGAACGCAAAAUGAAACUGGAGGACUUUGUUAAGAAUUUACGGGGGGUGGAUGACGGGGAAGAUAUCCCGCGGGAAAUGCUGAUCGGGAUCUACGAGAGGAUCCGCAAGCGGGAGCUGAAGACCAAUGAAGACCACGUGUCCCAGGUUCAGAAGGUCGAGAAGCUGAUUGUGGGCAAAAAACCUAUUGGAUCUCUGCAUCAUGGACUUGGUUGUGUGCUUUCUUUGCCCCAUCGAAGGCUGGUUUGUUACUGCAGACUGUUUGAAGUCCCGGACCACAACAAACCUCAGAAACUGGGACUGCACCAGAGAGAGAUCUUCCUAUUCAAUGACCUUCUUGUGGUCACAAAAAUUUUCCAGAAGAAGAAAAUCUCUGUGACGUACAGCUUCAGGCAGUCAUUUUCACUGAAUGGGAUGCAGAUUCUCCUCUUUGAAAACCAGUAUUAUCCGAAUGGAGUAAGGCUUACGUCAGCUAUCCCAGGUGCAGACAUCAAAGUCCUCAUAAACUUCAAUGCACCCAACCCCCAGGAUCGGAAGAAAUUUACAGAUGAUCUGAGGGAGUCCAUCGCAGAGGUCCAGGAAAUGGAGAAGUACAGGAUAGAAUCUGAGCUGGAGAAGCAGAAAGGAGUAGUGCGUCCAAGCAUGGCUCAGAGCUCGGGGCUGAAGAAAGAUGCAGGCAACGGUACCAUGAACCGACCCAGCCUGGACGACAGCUACGCCACUGGAGAGGGGCUGAAGAGGAGCGCCCUGAGCAGCUCCCUCCGAGACCUCUCUGACGCAGGCAAGCGUGGGCGUCGCAGCAGUGCAGGAUCACUAGACAGCAAUAUGGAAGGGUCCAUCAUUAGCAGUCCUCACAUGCGCCGGAGAGCCACCUCGACCCGCGACUGUCCUUCUCGCCCACACCAGACUAUCCCUAAUUCCUCCUCGCUCCUGGGAACACUUUUUGGCAGUAAGCGGGGGAAGCCGUCCUCCCAGGGCCACCCGGUCCCUGCCCCCACCCCUCCUCCUCCGCAGUCUCAGCACCCCCCUUUGCUCCCCCACCCCUCCAGCCUGCACCACACCGGACCUGUAGAGACACAGGCACAGAUGCACACACACCACUCGCAGUACUGCCCCGUCCAGCAGAACCCACCUCCCUACCACCACCACCACCACUACCACCCACCACAGCAUGUCCAGCACCCCCCACACCAAUACCACCAGCACCCCCCCUAUGCGAUGCACUCUCACACGCAGCAUUCCCAGCAUGCACCACACCACCACAGCCAGCAGCAGCCCCCCCCUCCCCAGCCCUCGAGCAGCAGCAGCAACAAACCCAAACACAGCGGCAUUAGCACCAUCGUCUAAAAUGCUAAUAAAAAUGAAGGAAGAAAGAUACACGCCUUGUGUGACAAUAACAGACAGGACCACUCACUGGUUGCAGUUGUGAAGGCACUUAAUUCCAGGUAGCAUUAUUUCAAGCUGCUGUGGACAGGGAGCACGAAAAAAAAGGCACUUGAUUCACUACUUCUGUUUACUUGAGAGCCUUCGGUGUUCAAGAAGAGGAAUUCAGAGGAAUGUUUUCAUUCGCCAUGCUUACCAAUCAUUUAAGAGCCUCUAGACAAUAGAAAUAAUGUUUGUGCUUGCUCUCUCACUCAGUUGCUGUAACAUUUGGCAAACAAAUGUCUGUCUUCACUUCACUAUACCAAGGAGAAAGGAGAAAAAGGAGGGAAGUGUAUCAUGGUUACAGCUUCUGACUCCUUAGCGAUGGCAAAAAAAGAACAUUGCAAAAGCAUAAUUUAACAACUUGCUUUUUAGUGUGUGCAGAAGCAAAGUUUUAUUCUCAAACAAAAUGGCAAUAUGUAAGUUGCGUACUGUAAAUGAAUUAUACCUAGUUCAAGAACAGCAUAUACAUAAUUUAAGAAUGAAUAGACCCAAGAGCUUGGAAAGAAAAAUAUAUUAAAGUACAUACAGUAGAUGUUCCAAUAUUUACUCUGUACCCCACAGUACACUGGGAGGUCUUUUAGCAAUCAGAAAUAAAUGUGCCAAUUAUUAAAGAAUUUACUAUUUUAGUCAAAUAACACUGCUUUGUGUAUAUCGUGCAUAUUUUGUUAAAAAAAUAUAUAAUAAUAAUAAUAAUAAUAAUAAUAAAAUAAAAAAAUAAAAAGUCUGAGGCAUCAUAUGAAAAAUAGCAGGAAUAUAAUCACCCUAUUGUAGCAGAUUUAGUUCACUAGUUUAAAAAGAAGCAUACAAAAUAAUAGGCAAUUAAGCAAGAUGGUACAUCUCUGGUUGCCUUGCUGCAUCACGUAGAACUUCUGAAUAUUUGAAAUACUGCAGCUGCAGCAUAACCUACUCACCAGGUGUCUGUAUAUAAAAUGCUGAGUAACAAAAUGGACUUCCCAGCUGAGACUGAGUCUUCAAAUGUUAAGCAGCAAGGAGCGGGGGGGGGGGCUCGUCAUCAGCACUGAGGGGAGAUCACAGCUGCUUGUGCACCAUUAUUUUAUUUUUGUUAACUAUUUUUUUUUUUAAAUACUGUACAUGUUAUUAGGUUUACCAAUGGUUUGAUCUUGAUGUGAUUCUGUUAAAAAAAAAAAAAAAAAAAAUCUUGCUUGUGCGAUUUGAAGGAGAUACUUUGCAAGCAGGUUAUAGCAGGAAAGCAUUCUGAUCUAUUUCUUCCUCUUCUCUGCUCCUCACAGAAAUAUCAUUGUACUCAGCAGGCUGAGUCUGCCCUGAUUACUCCCAAUGCACUCUUAGAUUUGAAGUAGUAAUACGGUGGUGUAUGAAUUGAUAUGCCAUGCAUUGCUAGCAUGUUGCAAUCACAUAACAUUUAUUUUUCAAUACAAGGUGAGGGGGGAAGGAAUAUUUGAAUCUAUUGCCAAGAAACUAAUUCAGUCGAGGUCCUGCGCGGAAUCUUGGAGAAUUAGUAUUCAGCUUGUGAAUUAGAUGGAUAUAUAGCUUAGUUUUGUUUUUUUAAACCUCUAAUUUUCUACAUUUUGAAAAGUAAUAGUUGGUUCAUAUUGUAACACAUUUUACACCAAAAUUGAGUUGGAGUGAUUCUCUGAAGUUUCUUUUCCUUUUUGAUUUUCGGGGAUAGCUUCCUUUAAGAGGUGUGUGUGUGUGUGUGUGUGUGUGUGUGUGUGUGUGUGUGUGUGUGUGUGUGUGUGUGUGUGUGUGUGUGUGUGUGUGUGUGUGUGUGAGAGAGAGAGAGAGAUAGAGAGGGGAUAAUGAACUCUCAUCUGGAUGCAUUCCGAAAAAAACAAAAACAUUUAUAACUUCUAUUUUCCCACAAUACUUCAGUCAACUUCCAAGUAACUCAACUCAGCACUUUGUCAGUCUCCAUUGAAAGCAAAUAUGAACAGUCUAGAGUUUAGCCUUUUGUCCUUUUUUUUCUUUUGUAUGUGCAAUAUUUUUUUUCCAUCGUAGUGCAACAAAAUGGAGAAGAAACAAGCUCCUUUAUGUGAUAUGUUGAUUCUUUUUUUUCUGUAUAUCCUGAAUCAUAAUGUCCUACCCCACAGGGCGCUACAGUGGACUAUUUAGGCUCUCUGUCCUUUGCAAUGAUAAGGAAUGUCUGAUAAAAAGAAAAGUGCAUGUCAUAUUAAUAUUAUGAGGCUACUCUACAUAUUGUAUAUUUGCAGAAUAUAUCAGUGUUACUGUUGACUAUAGUUGAAGUAAAGUGAUAAGAACAUAAAAUAUGUUGACUUUUCUUCUUACCUCUUUACCAAUAGUAGAGUCUGUUCUGUAGUUUACUCCUGGAAAUAUCAGGUGAGAGGGCUAGAUGUUGUACUAAUGAAAAUAUUUAUUUUAUAAAACGGCAGAAGGAAGCAAAUGCAUAAUACAAAUCCAGUGGCGCAUACUUCAUGCUGAGCUGUUUAUGUAGUGAGGUGUUUCAGAUCAAUACAGAAACAACUUUACAUGUUACAUUCCAAAAUAGUAAAUGGUGCCUAAAAUUAUUUUCUAAAACAAAACAUAUAGAGCAUGACAAUGAAUGUAAUAUGACCUACCUAAAUGGUAUACAUAUUGUGGAGGUUGGUUAUACAGCUUCCUGUGGCUUGCAUGGUAUUAGCCAGUCAAGUAAAUAAAUACAAUAAUAAAAAAAAACAGAUUUUCAACAGGUCAUGCAUUCAACAACAGUACAACCUAGAACGAAAAAUCUGAAUACAACACCAGCCUUCUCAACUGAUCUUUUUUUUUUGGGAAAGCAGUAAUUAAUUAUCUGUUAAGAAUGAAUUGUAUGGCAAUGUAAAAAUGAAAAAAAACUGUAAAAGUUCACCUAAAUAUAACGUACAUGUAUUGUAUUGCUUCAGAUGUGUGUGCAGCCAUUCAGUGUGGAAAAUGUUUUUCCCCAUAAUGCACUGCAUGCCGCAGCAGCCUCUUGUUAAUUGUUAACAGCAAGCUGAUGGAAACUCAGCCAAUGUAUUUUCAUGUGUGUUUUAUUUUAUUUUUUUUAAGUGAAACUCUUGAUGUUGACUUGCUGUUCCAUAUUAUGCGGUGUGUACCUACGGUUCAGCAUGCAUUUCACAAUGUAACCGUUUUAAAAAAAAUAAAAAAGGCAUUGCACUUCUGCCUGCAAACUGAGGGGUGACUGUGCACAUAAAAUUCCAAGAGCCAAGAAAAAAUACCAUAUCUCAAGGCAACAAGGAAGGGGAGGGAGAGGGGGUGGUAAUGUUGGGAGGUGGGACCAAUGGAAAAGGCAACUCUGAAAAUAAAUUGUACAUAAUGUGUAUAUUAGUAUUCAAAUACAAUGUCUGCAGUCACAUUGAGGUUGCAUUCCUGUCUCCUCCCUUGUUAACAUUUAGCUUGCUUCCGCUGUAAUCUGUAUUAAACUCUUAUAGGAUGCAGGUCUUGAACACAGACCUGUUAAAGAACUACCACUGCUUUUCAUGCUCAUCAUGGGGUGCUUCGAUUCUUUAAAUGCUUGAGACUCAUUUUGUAAGUACAGGGGACGACAGGAGUGCUUUCAUUUUAAUAUGCAUUCUGUUUGUAAGUAGUUAUAAGACCCUAUCGAUGUAAAACUAUAACUGUGAUACUGUCGAGAACGCAAAAAAUAAACAAAAUAAGACUC